AUGGAUGUGAACCCAUUAGCAAACCCAAAAGGUGUGAAGUUACUAUGUGAGCUUUGUCGAAUUCCAGCCUUCAUCCAGUGCAAGGGCUGUAAAGUGACGUACUACUGCUCCCGUGAACAUCAAAAAGCAGAUGCGGUUGGAAUCCAUGACAAAGUUUGUAGCAGACUGGCACUUUUACGGCAACCAGUUCAGUUUUGGCCGUCGAAAGAAGAAAGAGAAAAAAGAUACAAGGCAAUGCAGCUUGAAAAGAUUGAACUGAUAGAGAUGGCCAGAACCCUGGCACAGAAGAUGUUGUUUGAAGGGAAGCACGAAGAGUCAGUCCCCGCAGCCAUGCUGAGCCUAAGAUAUGCGAUUGAUGUUUAUGGAGUGUCAACUAUCGAGCUCGUACCUUCCUACUUAAUCAUGGCUGAGGCUAGCAUUGGUUUAGGCAACCUGGUGCAGGCAGAGGAAUACCUGGCCAAAGCUGACUGGACGAUUCUGAAGACGCCAGAUUGCACCAAGGCAAUCAAAUCUAGGUUGUACAGGAAUCUUGGUCUCUUGUACGUGGCCAAAGGGGACUUUCAGGAGGCUCUUGUCAACUUUGCUGAUGAUAUUUACAAUUCAUCACACGAGUUUGGGACGGAUGAUAUUCGAACUUCAGGUGGAUACUUCCACAUGGCGAAUGUUUUCUUCAGGCAAGGAAGGAGGGAUAUCGCUGACUCCAUGUACAAACAGGUAAUCAGCAUCUGGUACGAAUACCUAAACCACACACUGACAGUCAACAUUUCUGCUCAAGAAGAUGAAUCCAGGCGCAAGUCCAAAAUGUUGAACUCGGCUAAGACUUUGAUGGAGGAGAUAUCAAGCGGGUUAGAUGAAGCACAAGAAGCUGAAGCCAUACAAAUCCUAAGCUCAAUCCACAACAUUAAGGAACAUCAGCCAGACAGGCAGUCCAAAGAUUUGGCACAAACUUGUCAUAACCUGGCCAUGCUGUAUUUCCUAAUGGGUGAUCUUAACAAGGCAAAAGAAUAUGGCCGCAAGUCUAUCGUUGCCAGUGACCAGGUCAAGGAUGAUAAAUUCUCCAAAUCUUUGGUUGAAUUCAUGAAAUUGUGCGAGAGACAAAUUGUUUCAAAUUAA